CUGUUUUAUUUCUCUCCGUUUGUUCCCAGUGCCAAGCAGCGUGCAGGAUCUUAGCUCCCUGACCAGGAAUUGAACCCUUGCCCCGCUGCAGUAGACGCUCAGAGUCCUAACCACUAGACUGCCAGAGAAUUCCCUCAACACGGGCUUUCUCUAGUUGCUGAGAGCAGGGGCUACUCUUCAUUGUGAUGCGUGGGCUCCUCAUUGUAGUGGCUUCUCUUGUUGGGGAGCAUGGGCGGGCCCUAGGCGCCUGGGCUUCAAUAGUUGCGGCACAUGGGCUCAAUAGUUGCGGCACAUGGGCUCAAUAGUUGCGGUGCAUGGGCUUAGUUGCUCCGUGGCAUGUGGGAUCUUCCCAGAGCAGGGCUCGAACCCGUGUCCCCUGCAUUGGCAGGCAGAUUCUUUACCACUGCGCCAUGUAAGAAGUCCCGUCAACUUACUUUUGCAAGAGGUUCAUGCAACUGGGAGGCCUGAAGCUUACGCACUGAUCGUUUUGAUGUAAAUUCAAACAAAAGCCUGGGAGGCAAUUCCCUUACCCUGUAUUUGGUCAUCCCCUUCUUCCUGCUUCAACCUCACACCUUUCCUUCAGAGAGGCAGCCUGUGUUGAGAAAAGCACACAAACUUUUGAGUUCAGACAGUUAUCUCUCUUGGCCUCAGUUUCCUCUUUGGUGUUGGGGAUAAUAACUACCCCAUAGAGAUGUGGCUGUGAGAAUUGGGUGGAAAAAAGUAGGGGAAGCAUCCAGUCCACAGGGGGCUGGUUACUUCAUCUUCCCUUCUCUCUGGGCUGCAGGGAAGAGUCUGGGGAAGGAAGGGUGCCACGAACAGAAAAGCCCUUCCCUCACCCUCAAGCCAGGACGGUCGUGCCUGCCCCAGUAUGGUAGCUACCCUUGCCUCUCCCUCCCUCUGAUCCCACCUCCAACACGUUCUGCCAGCCCCACUCCCCCAACUAGUCCUUCGGAGGAUUCCAAGGAGAUAAGGCUGGGAAAGCUAGGGAAGGAAUGUUAAGCUUGCUGGAGUUGAGUGCUUUUAAAAACAGCUGGAGGUGACCUGGUCUCCCCUCCCCCAGUCCCCUGGAGCUGGUAAACAGCCCUCAACCACCCUAGCUCUGCAGCCAAUCCUUCUGUGUCCAGGAGACAGCGACUGUCUUUGCAACACAAAAGUCAAGUCAGAGUAAGCUCCAGAAAGGUGGGCUGUGGAGACAGGUUUGGGAGUGGGAAAGGAGCUCACAGAACUGCAGAGUCACCACUUCUUUUUGGUCUAAGAGUUCAGUUUAUCAGCAAUGGAGGGAAAAAAAAAUGUACUUGGUUGGGUUUCCCACCAAGUACAUUUGUGAGGCUUGGUGCAGGCACAGCUGUGGGGGCAGUUCACUUUUGUCCCUGCAGGUUGGGAGGUAUAGAUAGGUGCCAAACCAAAUUGGGAAAAGCAUUAAAAAAAAACUUUCAAGAACAGUACAUACAAACUAGGAAGCUUUAAAAGGCAGGUUCCCUAAAGCCAGGUCCAUAGAUUUCGAUUCAGAUAGUCUAUUAGGGCCUACAUUUUAUUUUUAAUAAACUCUCCCAGGUGAUUCUGAGCUGGAGGUCUGAGGCCCACAUUUUAAGGAACUGCCCCUGAAACUACACACACAUCCUCAGGCUGGAAGUUCUCUCUUUGGUCUAACGAGACUCUCUGCUGUUGUGAAGCUUGUUUCAUCUGAUCCUGCUUGCUUCUCUGCAGACUAAAUUCUCAUCAGGGUUGGCUUGGCCCCUCACAGGCACUGGGGCAACGGUAACCAUGGUAGCCUAGAUGGGGGUGUAGGAGAAAAACCAUGACCCUGGGCCUGGCUCCUGGAAGGGCUGACAGCAGUUAGAGUCCCUGGGCACAUGCUAGGCCCUUGACGGUUUGGGUCUUGACCCAAGAGUUCAGCCAAAGCAAAGGGAAGAGUGGGGCGCGCCAGGGCGGGUCAGUCUUUCAGAGCCGAGCUUCCCGCUCGAGGGCCGGCGGGAAUAGUCAGAGGGAGGGGUUCGGGCUCCUUAAGCCACCGGUCGCCGCGCCUGCCCGCCGGAGCUGAGAGAAGCGCAGGGGCGGGCCGGGGGCGGGGCCUGGGCCGGAGAUAGCGGGCUCUUGGUUACUAUGGUAACGCGUCAACACCCGGCGCUUCCGUGGUGGUGUGGGCUGCAGAGGCGGUGCAGGCGCGGGGUUACGGCGUGCUGCUGAGAUGCCGUUAAGCACAGCCGGCGUCCUGAGCUCCUCCUCUGCCACUUCCAGCAGGUCAAGGAAUAGGCCUCGCUAUCGAACCAAAGCCCUGAACUCUGAGGUGGAUGAGAGCCUGUUCGGAGGUAUCAAGCCCCUGACCCAGAGCGACAGCCCCGUCGUGCUGCUGCGAGAUAAGCAUGCCAUUCGGAAAACUCUCACUGCCCUGGGCUUGGACCACAAGCCGGAGACCAUCCAGCUCAUCACCCGGGACAUGGUUCGGGAGCUCAUCGUCCCCACCAAGGAUCCCUCCGGAGAGGCCCUCAUCAUGAGCCCUGAGGAGUUUGAGCGGAUCCAAUGGGCAUCCCACGUCCUGACUAGAGAAGAACUUCAGGCCAGGGAGCAGGCCUUCAAGAAGGAGAAGGAAGCCAUCGUGGACGCGGCGACCACACGCAAGAAGGUCAUGAAACAGAAGGAAAUGGUUUGGAGGAACAAGAAGCUCAGCGACCUGGAGGAGGUGGCCAAGGAAAGGGCCCAGAACCUCCUGCAGAGAGCCAACCAGCUGCGGAUGGAGCAGGAGGAGGAGCUGAAGGACAUGAGCAAGAUCAUCCUCAAUGCCAAGUGCCAUGCCAUCCGGGAUGCCCAAAUUCUGGAGAAGCAACUGAUCCAGAAAGAACUGGAUGCCGAGGACAAGCGGCUGGAUCAGAUGAUGGAGCUGGAGCGGCAGAAAUCCAUUCAAAGGCAGGAGGAGCUGGACAAGAAGAGGAGGGAGGAGAGAAUCCGAGGAAGGCGGCACAUUGUGGAACAGAUGGAAAAGAACCAGGAGGAGCGGUCCCUGCUUGCCGAGCAGCGGGAGCAGGAGAAGGAGCAGAUGCUGGAGUACAUGGAACAGCUCCAAGAGGAGGAUCUAAGGGACCUGGAACGAAGGCACCAGCAGAAGCUGAAGAUGCAGGCUGAGAUCAAAUGCAUCAACGAUGAAAACCAGAGGCAGAAAGCAGAGCUUCUGGCUCAGGAGAAGCUGGCAGAGCAGAUGGUGAUGGAGUUCACCAAGAAGAAGAUGGCUCGAGAAGCAGAGUUUGAGGCUGAGCAGGAGAGAAUCCGGAGGGAGAAAGAGAAGGAGAUCUCCCGCCUGAGGGCCAUGCAGGAGAAAGCCCAGGACUACCAGGCAGAGCAGGAUGCCUUGCGGGCCAAGCGCAACCAGGAGGUUGCCGACAGAGAGUGGCGCAGAAAGGAGAAGGAAAACGCACAGAAGAAGAUGGAGACAGAGGCCCAGCUGCGGAAAAGUCGGCUAGAGCAGGUGGCUUUCAAGGAGCACACUCUGGCCGUUCAGGUGCAACGGGACCGGGACGAGUUUGAGAGGAUUCUUCGGGCUCAGAGGGAGCAGAUUGAAAAGGAGCGGCUGGAGGAGGAGAAAAAAGCCACGGGGCGCUUACAGCAUGCCAACGAGCUCCGGCGCCAGGUGAGGGAGAACCAGCAGAAGCAGAUGCAGGACCGGAUCGCCACCUUCGAGGAGGGCCGGCACCUCAAAGAGGAGGCCCAGAAGCGGCGUGAGCGCAUCGAAGACAUCAAGAAGAAGAAGAUUGAGGAGCUGAGAGCCACUGGCCUUCCUGAGAAGUACUGCAUUGAAGCUGAGCGCAAAGCUAACAUCCCACCCGACACCUCUGUGAACUGAGGGUGCCUCUCUGCCCCUCAGGAUGCCUUCAGGGGACAGGUUCUUCCCAGGCUCUUGGUGUCCAUAACUGCUGCUAAUCUAUACAUUUCUGAGUUACAGAUUAAAUCUAUUCUACUUCUCUAA